CCUCUUCCUCAGUGGCUGACAGUAUGAUAUCCUCCUGACACAGAAAGAAAGCGCCUUCAUAAGCCAUAACACGCUUUGUGUCCUUCCAUUUGGCAAGAAGAAAAAUUAUCUGCAAAUCUGCGGCAACUGGAAGAUGCUAUGACUCCCAUUAUCACAGUCCUUCUGUAUCUUGGACCAAGCCUGGUCUUCGGGAACCCAGCACUGUCAGGGGCCCUCUCUAAACCCACAAUCCAGAUGGUGCCAAGCAAUGUGGUAACCAGUGGGAACCAGGUAACCAUCUUCUGUGAAGGACCCUUACAUGUCAAGGAAUAUCGCUUCUACAAAGAAGGAAGUGAAGAUUACUGGAAACUUCUAGAAACUGAGAAAAAAGCCGGAGUCUAUAUUUCAUCAGUUCAAUGGAACAGUGCAGGCCGAUAUUGGUGUUCCUAUAUACACCUCACUAACAUGUCAGAACAGAAAAGUGACAUCAUGGAACUUGUGGUGACAGGAGUUCAUCCAGACAAAGUCACCCUGUCAGCCAUUCCCAGCUUUGUCGUGACCUCAGGACAGCAUGUGAACCUUCAGUGUUUCUCACAAGCGGCAUAUGACAGGUUCAUUCUAGUGAAGGAAGAUGAGAAGUUCUCCUUGGCUGAGCCAGCAAGGAAUACAUUCACUGGGAGCUUCCAGGCCAGGUUCACAGUGGGUCCUGUGACUCCCAACCAGAGGUGGAGGUUCACAUGCUAUGGACAUUACUCAAGUAAUUCCCAGCUAUGGUCAGUUCCCAGCAACCACCUAGAGCUCUUGGUCUCAGUGACCCUCCAGAAACCCUCCAUCUGGGCUCACCCAGGCUCUGUAAUGACCUUGGGUAGUCCUGUGACUAUCUGGUGUGAGGGGAGCCAAGAAACCCAAGAAUAUGUGCUAUACAGAGAGGGAAGCCAAGAGUCCUGGUACAUGAAGGUAGAAAAGGACAACAAUAAGGCAAAUUUCACCAUCCCGUCUUUGUCACAACUGAAUACAGGACAAUAUCGCUGUUACUCUUACUCUUCUUUUGGGUCGUCAGAACCCAGUGACACCCUGGAACUGGUGGUUACAGGAGUCUACAAAAAGCCUACCCUUACAGCCCUGGAAAAUCCUGUUGUAAACCUGGGCAUGUCUGUGACAGUCUUGUGUUCCUCAACUGAAAGAUUUAACUGGUUCGUUUUAACUAAGAAUGAUCAGAAGAUUUUCCAAUCCUCUCGUCUCCAAAGUAUAUACACUGGGGUGUACGAGGCAAGUUUCAAAGUGGGACCAAUAACCUCAGGCCAAAGGUGGAGAUUCAGCUGCUUUGGCUAUGGAACAAGUAAUCCUCAGGUGUGGUCAGAAGCUAGUGACCCGGUGGAGCUCCUGGUCUCGGGGACCCUCAAGAAACCCACCUUGGGGGCCAAUCCAGGUUCUGUGAUCACCUCAGGGAAUUCUGUGGCCAUUUGGUGUAAGGGGACCAUGGAAACCCAAAUAUAUUUCCUGUAUAAAGUAGGAAGCCCAGCACCCUGGGCCAGACAAAUUCCAAAGAAGCCUGGUAACGAGGUCAUCUUCUCCAUCACUUCCAUACAAAGCCGCAAUGCAGGGAGAUAUCGCUGUUACUGCUACAAUUCUGCUGGGUGGUCACAGCACAGUGACAUACUCGAGCUGGUGGUGACAGGUGUCUACCAUGACAAACCUACUUUGUCAGCCUUGCCCAGCCCUGUGAUGACCUCAGGUGGGAAUGUGACCCUCAGGUGUGUCUCAUCAAAAAGAUAUGAUUGGUUCUUUGUGACUGGGAAAGAUCUGAAGUUCUCCAUGUCUCAAAAGGCACAGUUCAUACACACGGGACAGUUCCAGUCUCUGUUUCCUGAGAUCUCUGUGGCAUCCAGAAACAGUGGGCCCUUUACAUGUUAUGGGUACAAUACAAGUACUCCACAUGUGUGGUCAGUGGCCAGUAACUCUCUGCAGAUACAUGUUUCAGGUGAGGAAAUCUCCACAUUUAUUUCAACUCAACUGUGUUUUGACACCCAAAAUAGUUUGUCAUAUGCCCUGCUGCU